CACCUGACAGUAUUUUGAAAUUAUCAAUCGAUAAACAAACAAAACACUGUUGCAUAUCUUUAAAGUAUUAUUAUUCUAAAACCUUCAAAAUGCCGUUCUCUGUUACCAUGUACAAUAUUUUCCAUGUUUCUACCUCGACCUCCUACCCCAAAAGUUUAGUCCUUCUCAGUUUCCCAGAAAAUUGGUCUGCCUCUUGCAGAAAAACAAAAUGCCAUCUUUAGCUCGCACGUCAUGCCGCGUCAUCCCUCCUAAUAUGGGCAAAGAUAUCCUCACUUCUUCAGACAUAUCAUGGCAUAUUAAUCCAUAUUCAAUCACCUUGACGUUGGCUGCUGUAUUAUUGGUUUCUUGACUGUACAGUACAGUCAUGUACGCGCAAGCAGAGCCGGUCCGGUCGCCUUUCUCGCGCCCUGACAGCGGCCAAACCAGCGGGCCACCGUCCCAGUCCCCUCCUGUCCAUCAGGGCGGUUCCCGCGGGCGUGUCCGCCAUAGUAACGACAAGUGGCAAGGAGACCAAGAAAAGUCUUCAGACACGUACGAAGAAGCCGAGGCAGUGAAACGUUAUGCCACGUACACGUCUGCAGACCGCACAUACCCGGAUGGAGCAAGCGGCCGCCGUGCCCGCUGUAGCUUCAUCCACUCUCACCGUAGCUACUUGGCCGCUGGCAUUGCCGUGCUGUUAAGUCUGGUUGCCGUGGGAUUGGCCCCUCUCACUGUCAUGAAUAAGGAGGAAAUAAGUCAACUGUCCGCUACUGUUGAAACCUUGAAGCGCGACCAAGACGACAUGCGCCAACUGUCCGCUACUGUUGAAGCCUUAAAGUUAAAGCGCGACCGAGACGACAUGCUCCAACUGUUCGCUACUGUUGACGCCUUGAAGCGCGACCGAGACUACAUGUCCACUACUGUUGAAGCCUUGAAGCGCAACCAAGAUGACAUUCGCCAACUGUCCGCUACUGUUGACGCCUUGAAAUGUAACCAAGACGACAUGUCCACUACUGUUGACGCCUUGAAGCGCGACCGAGACUACAUGUCCACUACUGUUGAAGCCUUGAAGCGCAACCAAGACGACAUGUCCACCACCAUUGACGCCUUGAAGCGCAGCCAAGACGACAUGUCCACCACUGUUGACGCCUUGAAGCGCAACCAAGACGAUAUGUCCACCACUGUUGACGCCUUGAUGCGUGACUAAGACGACAUGUCCACCACUGUUGACGCCUUGAAACUCGGCCUGGACAAUGAGCGAAUCGCCGCCCUGGAGCAGCGUCUUCACGAGAUGAGUAAGACGCCAGGUACAUCUUGUCCUAAAGGUUACACAGUGUUCCGUGGAAUCUGCUACAAGG